GGAGGGCCCGGCGCGAGCUGGCCGGGGAGUGCGCGGGGCGCGAGCUCCGGGCUCGCGGGCGGAGCGGGGCGCGGCGCGGCGCGGGGCUGCGGAGCCGGCCGCACGCCCGCUCCCGCUCGUCGCGCCGCCGGGGCCGCCGCGGGCCGCAGUCCCUCCUUGCGCGCUCCGAGCCGCGGUCCCCAGCCUGCGCUCGACGUCUGAUUAUGAAAGGGAAAGUGGCCCUUUCACCACCUGGCUCCCAGGCUGGGAGCUUUUGUCUGGGAAGGAGUGCAAACGGCCUCCUCCACUCCCCACCUCCCUGGCCCAAAGAAAUUGAGAGCGAGGACUCCAUAUGCCUUGAAGGCUUUUUGGGUCUGCGCUUGGCUCCGUGCUUCCUCCCCACUCCGAAGUUGCAAGCUUGCAACAAGGAAGUCGUGCAGCCGCCAUUGUCGGGCUGCCCGGGGCAGGGGAGGCGGCUGCAGCUGCUUAUGUAAGUUUUUGGCUUUGCGGGAAGCCCGGCUCCCCGCACUGUAACGCGGCUCAGCGCGCCCGCAGUUUGGAGAGCAAUUAGGAAGGGGCAGCCUUAUUAUGAAGGUGGUGUUGGGGGAUAUGGGUCUGCAGGAUGGAGUUCUUCCGGUCUGGCGUGCUCCUGAUCAGAGUUACUCUGAUCUGAAGAUUUUGGCGUUUAAGGCGUUAAGAUAAUAGCCUGAGUUGUUCAUGGAGUUUUUCAUCAGUAUGUCUGAAACCAUUAAAUAUAAUGACGAUGAUCAUAAAACUCUGUUUCUGAAAACACUAAAUGAACAACGCCUGGAAGGAGAAUUUUGUGAUAUUGCUAUUGUGGUUGAGGAUGUGAAAUUCAGAGCACACAGAUGUGUUCUUGCUGCCUGCAGCACCUACUUUAAAAAGCUUUUCAAGAAGCUUGAGGUUGAUAGUUCUUCAGUCAUAGAAAUAGAUUUUCUUCGUUCUGAUAUAUUUGAAGAGGUCCUGAACUACAUGUACACAGCAAAGAUUUCCGUGAAAAAAGAAGAUGUUAACUUAAUGAUGUCAUCAGGUCAGAUUCUUGGUAUCCGAUUUUUGGAUAAACUGUGUUCUCAGAAGCGUGAUGUGUCCAGUCCCGAUGAAAACAAUGGUCAGUCCAAAAGUAAGUAUUGCCUCAAAAUAAAUCGCCCCAUUGGAGAUGCUGCUGACACCCAGGAUGAUGAUGUAGAGGAAAUCGGGGAUCAGGAUGACAGUCCUUCUGAUGACACAGUAGAAGGCACCCCCCCGAGUCAGGAGGACGGCAAGUCGCCCACCACAACGCUUAGGGUUCAGGAAGCGAUCCUGAAAGAGCUGGGGAGUGAGGAAGUUCGGAAGGUCAAUUGCUACGGCCAGGAAGUAGAAUCCAUGGAGACCCCAGAAUCAAAAGACUUGGGGUCCCAGACCCCUCAAGCCUUAACAUUUAAUGAUGGGAUGAGUGAAGUGAAAGAUGAACAGACACCAGGCUGGACAACAGCCGCCAGUGACAUGAAGUUUGAGUAUUUGCUUUAUGGUCACCAUCGGGAGCAGAUUGCCUGCCAGGCAUGUGGGAAGACGUUUUCUGAUGAAGGCAGAUUGAGGAAGCAUGAGAAACUCCACACGGCGGACAGGCCAUUUGUUUGUGAAAUGUGCACAAAAGGUUUCACCACACAGGCCCACCUGAAAGAACACCUAAAAAUCCACACGGGAUAUAAGCCCUAUAGUUGUGAGGUGUGUGGAAAAUCAUUUAUCCGUGCCCCAGACUUAAAGAAGCAUGAGAGAGUUCACAGUAAUGAAAGACCGUUUGCGUGCCACAUGUGUGACAAAGCCUUCAAACACAAGUCUCACCUCAAGGAUCAUGAAAGAAGACACAGAGGGGAAAAGCCUUUUGUGUGUGGCUCCUGCACCAAGGCAUUUGCCAAGGCAUCUGAUCUGAAAAGGCAUGAGAACAAUAUGCACAGUGAAAGGAAGCAGGUUACCCCCAGUGCCAUCCAGAGCGAGACAGAACAGUUGCAGGCGGCAGCGAUGGCUGCGGAAGCAGAACAGCAGCUGGAGACGAUAGCCUGUAGCUAGAGGUGGUGGGACAGGGACACUUUGCCUGGAAAGUGGAGACUGAGAUGACGUGGAUCAUAAUGAGUGAAUGCCAGUUACUAUAUUUUUGUGGAAACGUAUGGAACAUUGUACUCACUGGACUUCAGGCAGUGCUUGGUUAGGUAUUUUUAAGACUUUUCAAGGAAAUGGUGUUCCUCAGUUCUGACCAAACCGUUUCACUGUCUUGUCUGGUGUCUAGUAUUAAUGUUGCCAGUAAGCACCCCUCUCCCUUUUUUUUUUUUAAUUAUUUUAAUUUGAGAACUCCUGUGUCCAGUUUAGAAGUGAGAGACUUGCAUUUUUAAUUCCUUUACACUCACCACCCUAGCAGGUGCCCUGCACAGAGUAAUAAGUAGAUUGAUUUCCUAAUCACAAUUCUAUGUGACUUAUGGUCAAAAGAGCAGUUUUAAUAACUUAAUAAAAGUACUUCAGAUAGACGCAGAAAAUUGGUGAGUGGUUGACCAAGAACACUGCACAAAUACAAAAAAAGUUCUGGAAAUGCAGAAUGGCGUUAGAUUUAUAUUUGGUUUGUUAAUUUUAUAUCACUGUUUUUCACUGUUUUUGUGGACAAAUAAUGGUUGCUUUGCUGAAGUGUUUCUUCCUCAAUCUUGAUUGCCCUGUACCUACCCAAAAGCUGUAGUCACACGUCCUAAAGGCCAAGCAAACCCACCAGGAUGGUGGGGGGUCUUGGAGCCAAGCUCUUAGGUUCCUCUUAUUUGGAGCAGUGCCAGUCCACACCAGCUGGGAUUUGUGAGUGGACCUGUGGUAAGAAGAAUAGAAAAGGCUCUCAGAGAUAAGGUGUUUUACAUGUGUAACAAUCCCAAGAUUUCCUAGAUUAAAAUCUUAAUUGAUUUUGAAAUUGGAUUUUUAUUUAGAAUCAAAAUUAGGACAAGAACAGAUAACUUCUUCAGAUACAUUUGUGUAACUUUACAGAAUGUCAUCAAGCUUUGGGGCUCUGGGGCACAUGAUUUAUCCAUAAAGGAGAUGCAGUAUGCUUACUUAAAUUAAUAAAUUCAAAAUCUUUUAAGUGUGUAAA